UUAUUUAGUGAACCAUGAACAAAAUGCAUUAAAAAUAAAUACAAACUACCACCUAAAAACGAGAAAAACUAACAUUUCCAAGAAGUGAAAGUAACAAACAAAAGAAAAAUCACUCAACAAAAAAAUAUUUCCUAAUCAAAUUUGGGUGUUAAAUAAAAAAGAAAGAAAAAAGAUAUGUCUUUUCUACGGGGUUCCCUCAAUUAUGUUUGGUGUACCACCAGUGUUUUAGGCAAAGGUGCUACUGGCUCAGUAUUUCAGGGUGUCAACAAAAUUACCGGAGAAUCGGUGGCCGUCAAAACAUUUAACCCCUACAGUCACAUGCGUCCCCCCGAUGUGCAAAUGCGUGAAUUCGAAGCUUUGAAAAAAGUAAAUCACGAAAACAUAGUCAAACUUUUGGCCAUCGAAGAAGACCAGGAGGGACGGGGUAAAGUGAUUGUUAUGGAAUUAUGUACUGGUGGGAGUUUGUUUAAUAUUUUAGACGAUCCGGAAAAUUCCUAUGGUCUGCCAGAGAAUGAAUUCUUAUUGGUUUUGGAACAUUUGUGUGCCGGCAUGAAGCAUUUGAGAGAUAACAAAUUGGUACACCGUGACUUAAAACCGGGUAACAUAAUGAAGUUUAUUUCGGAAGACGGCAAGACUAUCUACAAAUUGACAGAUUUUGGAGCGGCUCGCGAGCUAGAAGAUAAUCAGCCAUUUGCUUCCCUCUAUGGCACCGAAGAAUAUCUGCAUCCCGAUUUAUAUGAAAGGGCUGUUCUUCGAAAAUCCAUAAAUCGUUCGUUUACAGCCAAUGUGGAUUUGUGGUCAAUUGGAGUGACUCUGUAUCAUGUGGCUACUGGAAAUUUGCCCUUCCGUCCCUACGGUGGUCGUAAGAAUCGAGAAACUAUGCAUCAAAUUACUACCAAAAAGGCAUCAGGUGUUAUAUCCGGCACUCAGGCAGCCGAAAAUGGUCCCAUUCAAUGGUCCAAUGAUUUGCCGCCUCACUGUCAUUUGUCCGAGGGUCUCAAGACUUUGGUAACACCGCUGCUGGCGGGUCUCUUAGAGGAAAAUCGUGAAAAGACUUGGUCAUUCGAUAGAUUCUUUCAGGAAGUUACAGUAAUUUUACGCAAACACGUCAUACAUGUGUUCUUUUCGAAUCGCACCAGUUCGGUUGAAAUCUUUUUGGAACCCGAAGAACAAAUUGAACAUUUUCGUGAACGAAUAUUAAUGCAAACAAAAGUGCCGCUGGAGAAACAGAUAUUGCUGUUUAAUAAUGAGCAUUUAGAAAAGAGAAUAAAUCUGCAUACAACGGCCAAUGCUUUUCCAAAAACUACUACGGAAGAUCCUAUAUUUUUAUACAGUAACGAUGAUAACAAUGUGCAAUUACCACAACAAUUGGAUUUGCCCAAAUUUCCAGUGUUUCCAAGUAACGUUUCGGUAGAAAAUGAUGCUAGUCUAGCAAAGGCUGCUUGUAGUGUUGGCCAUGAAUGCAAAAGACGCGUUGACACAUUUACCAAUAUUGACAUCUUAAUAAAAAAGGCUGUAGGACAGUUUAUUGAAACUUUAACUACAACAAUUACUUUACUAGUAAAAAAAACAAAACAUUUUGAUAAGUUAUUAUCGACUGAAAUAGAUUAUGCAGACGCUGUACAAAGUAUGGCUAAAGUGACAAAGGGAGACCAGGAACUGAAACCCAUUUUACAAAAAUUGGAAAAUCUUAAAACCGAUUUUGAUGGUGCGGCCGAUGUUAUAAUGCAAUUGCAUGCAAAUUUUGUUGUGGAAGAUCAAUUAAAUGAGCAAUGGUCCUCUUCUAUGCAUGGUAAAAAAUGUCCCUGUCGCACCAGAGCUAGUGCUCAGGCUAAAUACUUAGUAGAACGUUUACGUGAUUCCUGGCAACAUUUGUUAAGGGAUCGUGCUACACGUACCCUAACAUACAACGAUGAACAGUUCCAUGCUUUAGAAAAAAUCAAAGUGGAUCGCAAUGGCAAACGUAUUAAAGCUCUGCUAAUGGAUGACGUUAAGCCAUCUGUUGCUCAAAUGGCUGAGUGUUUGGCCGACUGGUAUAAAUUGGCUCAAACUGUCUACUUAAAAAGUGAAAUCUUAGAAAAAGAUGUUAGAGAAUGUGAACGCACUUUAAAUAUCGUACGUGAGGAUUUGUAUCGCCUCAAAAUAGAUUUACAAAAGGACAUGGAUGCCAAAUUAGUAAACAAUAGUAAUCAGUUGUCGAAAAUAGAACAAAAAAGUCGUUUACUUUUUAUGCAACAACAACAACAAGAAAUUUUAGGUAUAAUGAAACAAAAUCGCCAAUUGAUCUCAAUGUUGCAAGAAUUGGGUAUACGUUUACCAACUGCUUCAAAUCCUCUGGAAUUCUGAAUUUUUUUAUAUAUAUAUUAUGUUUAAAUCCUUAUUAUUGGUUUAAGUUUUAUUUUUAAAUAAUUUUUUUAUUGCAUCAUUUCAUAUUACUAUUGUGUAUAUAGAUUUAUUAUAAACUCAUAUUUAAUAAAUAUUUUAAAGUAAAAGAA